GCUGCGAAUCGAUCUCAUCAUUUUAUGAGUCCAACGCAAGCGCAAGAAGCCCAAGAAUAUAUAUCAUAGAGAGAGAGAGAGAGCCUUUCAGUGUGAAGAAUCUGCAGAAAAACCAGAUAAAGAGAGAGCGGAGAAUUACACCGGGUUAUAAAAGGAGCUCGAAACUCACUGGCCAUGGCGGAUGAAUUUCAGCUCGGCAAUGGAAACUGGUGGAGCACGUCAAGAAACCGGAUCGAAACCGGAUCGUCACCUUCUUCUUCAUCCCUCACCAGUGCCAGCAGCUUUGGAUGGCCGGCAGAAAUGGACCUCAAAGCAAGGUCUUCCAUGGAUUCAGUGUCCGUUUCUGAUAGCUCGGUGGUUUUCCAUGAUGCCCAAAAACUGCAAGGGACGGAUUCUGCCGGAAGCGGUGGCGUCCUCGCCGCCGAUCCCAGUUUGCAGAUGAUGGGUUUAGGCCUCUCUUCUCAGGCAAUGGAUUGGAACCCAACUUUACUCCGUGGAGGAAAAGCUGAGAGCAGUUUUCAUUUUCAAGACGACUUGAGCUUGAGCACAAAUUUUCAGCAAGAAACUGGGAUCGGGCCAUCUCAAGAUCAGUUCAAGCAAAUCAACCGGGGAUUUUCAUUGGACCAGCAGUUUGGCCCGCAAAUUGGCGGCGCCGGCGACGGCGCUACCUCUAGUUUUCCGGUGGAUCCCGCGGCUUACGGAAGCCCAUCAACAAUAAUUCAAGGACUUUUAGGGUCGGAUAGUCACCAAGCACAGUCUAGUUUCGAGCACCGGCAGAUAAACUAUCCAUAUCAAGCUAGUUUUGGGAUGAGCUCCGGCGAGCAUUUGUUGCCUUCUUCCUGGUCUAAAUUUCCACAGUUUCUCAGAACUUCGCCUCCAAAGCAGCAGCAACCGCAUAGCCAGCUACAGUUCUCCAACAGUACUCCUUUCUGGAAUGCAACUGCGGCGGCCAUGAACGACGUCCGGUCGAGCUUUUUCCAGUCAUCGCAGCCCCAGUUUCCUCCACCAACCUUCGACGAAAAACCCAACAAGAAUGCAUCCGAGGUUCGGGAGUUAGGCGCGGCGGUGAAGAAAAAUAGCAGCGAAUCAUCGAACAAAAGGCCGAGAAGCGAAACAUCGUCACCUUUGCCAGCUUUUAAGGUGAGGAAAGAGAAGAUGGGGGACAGAAUCACUGCGCUCCAACAAUUGGUUUCACCUUUCGGAAAGACUGACACAGCUUCAGUGCUCUCUGAAGCAAUUGAAUACAUCAAGUUCCUCCAUGAACAAGUUAAUGUCUUAAGCACCCCAUAUAUGAAAAGUGGAGCUUCUGUCCAACACCAGCAGAGUUCUGAUAAAUCAAAGGACCCUGAAGGACCAAAGCAAGACCUUAGAAGCCGAGGACUAUGUUUAGUGCCAGUUUCCAGCACCUUACCAGUCACCCACGAGGCAACAGCUGAACUUUGGACCCCUACAUUUGGAGGAACAUUCAGAUGAUUAAAGACGGCCUCAUCAGAAGCCGUAAGCAUUCUGGAAGGGCCGAUCCAGAUCGAUUCUCUUUCCUGCAACUAGAAUAUAUAUCUUUAUCAAAACCCCAGAGACAAGUUGGGGAUGAUAAGAUAAUAUAAAGAAGAACAAAAAACGUACAGGUAUGAGGUAUAGCUAUUUAACUCUACUACUGGUCUAGGAUAUGAAGAAGCUAGCGAUGAGGAAAAAUGAUGGGGAAAGAAAAUGAAAUGACCCGUUAAAGAAGAAGAGAUUGUCAGGACAUCAACAGGCAAAAUGAUGCAGCUUUGGCCGAUGAUAUUAGGGACCAUUUGGCACUGGAACAUUACAGUCUUUUGUAAUAAUUGACGAAUUAUAUGAUGGAAGGGUUGGUUGGUUAGGAAGAAGAAUUAGGGGUGGUGCUGCUGCUUGCUAGCUAGGGAAUUAGAGAAAGUGCAGAUUAGUUUAGAUUUUGUUGUUUGUAGCUGAAUUUAGAAGAGGGCAAAGGAGGUAGCUUUUCAUUGUUGUAUGUUCUCUAAUGUGCAUAGAGAGCUGGCACUGCCUUUUGUUUAAAGGAAACAAAAGAUGAAAAGAAAUGAAAGGAAUAAUUGAAUUCCAGAAUAGGGGAGUGAGGGAGUGUGGGGAGAUCAAUUGAUUGGAAAUCUCACUUUUGAUUUGUUUA